AUGGCGAUUAAAUUUUCAAAGAAAUCCUCGAAAUCAUCAGAGACCUCAAAACAGAGUUUGAAGUCAAAAGAAGCAAAAGAAAAGAAAAAUUUUGGGUGCUGCGCGCCUGGGGCACUUUGCGGCCCCGGAGGCGGGAAAAAGUACAUCGGUCGAGAAAAUCAAGAGGAGACGAUUGAGGACAGAAAUUUGAGCUUUACUUUCAACGAAGAAUAUGGGACGGACAUUCAUGGACAAAGACGGGAACUGGCUGAGAUUUUGAGAGAAAUAUCUUUGAUCGAAGAAAGCAACAUUGAUGAUCGAGGUCUGAUGAACAUUAUUAGCGAGCAAAAUGAUGCUAAUGAAUCGAUCGAGAAACUCAACAGAGAACUCAGGCAAAUUUGCGAUCAGUUGACUCAUGUUCAAUCUUCCAUCAGAUCUCGCGAAACUGAAACGAUCGAGAUUGAGAAAGAAAUCAUCUCCGUCGAAAAAACUGAGCGAGAGCGAUACGACAUCUGCUGGACACAUGUUCACAAAUACUCAAAGGACAGUAACGAAAUGAUGCUUCAGUUGAGCUACAAUGAAGUUGUCUACUCGACCCUCCGGCAAUACAUUGAAGAUUUGACGACUGAAUUGAAUACAAUCAUCAUGUCUGGAAUGGAUAUCAAUAUUAAUAUCAGCGAGACUUAUACAGUGGAAUUGAUGGAGAUCAACAAAAACCUAACUCUCAUCCGAAAGCAAAUCAACGACGCGAAACUCAUAAAACAAACCGUUGACAAUGCACGAACGCUCUAUCAAAAUGAACUGGACGAAACUGCAAGCCUCAAAAAACGAAUUCAAGAGCUCAACAAGCAAAUUGCUGAUGCUAAAAAUCGCAAUUCGACAAAGAAAAAUACGGCUUCAAACGAAAUCGCCAAUCUCGAAAAAGCUAUCGAAAAGAUGGAAAAGGUUCUUGCAAACAACAAAACAGAGACAAAAGAAACCAACGUCCUUAAUAAAAUCAAUAUCUAG